CCUCACUCCAUUCUCUCAUCUGUCCUUUUCACAUUGACUCUGCUUCAUGGCGUAGUUUAUUCAAUUGCUAUUCAAACCCCCAUUCUUCCACUUUUCCAUUGUCCACCCCGCCAUCAUGUCCGCCGUCCAAACCGACGGUACACCGCACCUCCGCGUCUCCGCCGCAAAGGGUCCGGACUCAGAUGCCAAAACCUCCGCGAAUGCUUCGACCAGAAUCCCACCCCCGGAGGCAUCAGUCGUCGAUGACCAGUUCUUCUGGACCUAUACCGAGGAACCGCAUCGUUCUAGACGACAGGCGAUCAUCAAAGCCCACCCAGAAGUCACCAAACUCUGUGGACCCGAACCCCUCACGAAAUAUGUCGUCUUCGGCGUCGUCGCGCUCCAGAUCUGCUGCGCCUACCUCCUCCGCAAUACCUCCAUCCUGUCCUGGCAGUUCCUGGCCACGGCCUACCUGAUCGGAGCGACGUCCAACCAGAACCUGUUCCUGGCCAUCCACGAGAUCUCGCAUAACCUGGCUUUCAAAUCCCCCAUGGGCAAUCGCCUUCUGGCGAUGGUCGCCAACCUCCCCAUUGGAAUCCCUUAUAGCGCCGCUUUCCGGCCCUACCAUCUCACGCACCACAAAUCCCUCGGCGUCGUCGGCCUCGACACCGACCUCCCCACCGCCGUCGAGGCCUUCCUCCUGGACUCCCUCCUCGGCAAGGCCUUCUUCUGCACCUUCCAGAUCCUCUUCUACGCCCUGCGGCCCAUGUUCAUCUACAGCCCCCCCUUCACCUCCAUCCACUUCCUCAACAUCCUCGUCCAAGUCUCCUUUGACAUCGCCCUCACCAAACUCAGCGGCGGCUCCCUCCAACCCCUCUUCUACCUCAUCACGAGCUCCUUCCUCGCAGGCUCCCUCCACCCCUGCGCAGGCCACUUCAUCGCAGAACACUACUUCUUCUCCCGCAUCGAAGCAGGCGGCACCGAAUCCCUCGAGGUGCUGAAGAAGAACGACACCAAAAAGUCCCACCCCCUCGACUCCCUCCCCCCACCAGAAACCUACUCCUACUACGGCCCCCUCAACAUCCUCACUUACAACGUCGGCCUCCACAACGAACACCACGACUUCCCCGCCAUCCCCUGGACCAAGCUCCACACCCUCCACCGCAUCGCCGCCGAGUUCUACGAACCCCUCCCCUGCCACCGCAGCUGGGCCUGGGUCAUCUGGACCUUCAUCCUGGACAAGAACGUCGGCCCCUGGUGCCGUGUGAAGCGCGCGCAGGGCGGUCGCAUCGUCGGCGGUGGCGGCGGCGGCGGCAGUACCUCCUCCGGCCGCAGCGGGGAGGGUAUCUCCGCUGCGUCAGCCGGGGCGGAGGAGUCGGGCGAUGGGUGGAAGGAGAGUGAGCUUCAGAAUUGAGAGUCAUAUUUCAAUUUGUUCACCCCUAUUUCUUUGUUUUAUUUCUUGACAUGUCCUUAUUCUUUUCUUGAUGUACCCCGUUAUUUAUCUUAUAGAAUCACGAUGAUGCUGUCGGUGGGCCCGUUUGGUGUUUAAAGGAUGGACGCUUUGGAACUUGUAACUAUAUUAUGUGCAAUACCAGAU